AUGUUAGCCAAAGGUGACUCCGGGCGCCGCGGUCAGGGCUGCUCACCAUUCCAGUUUCAGCACUGCGCUGCUGGGACUGGAAAAAGACGGCCUCGUCAUGGUGGCAGGCCGGGCAGUUCCGUUUGGCUCUUGGCAGCUAGGCAAGAAACAUCGUCAGCGGCUGGUUCCUCGUCCUCAUCGAACAGAAAGUCGCAAUCCAAUGCCUGCAAGCUUCAACUGCCAACUCCCAGACCCCGGGCGCCCCCGACAAGACGGGUUGUUAAGUCGACCAGCCGCAACCACCCGAGGCUUCCCUCCCUCGGCGAUAAGGAUGUUCUCGGUCUUCUCAUUCAUGCCGAAAUCCAUAUCGCCGAGCCCGAAGAAGUCCUCAGUCCGCGACAUGAACGCGGCAAGUUCGUCGAGGCUGUCACCCGUCCAAGCCACAAUCUCAAUAUCAUCCAGGUCCACGUCCAGGUCGUCGUCAUCGUCCAUAUCGAUGUCUCGGUCAAACUCCAGAACGCUAGCCUCGUCAUGCAAGAAGAAAGACAGGCUGAAGUGGUGGACGAGCUCGUCGACCCUGACAGGCCGGACGAGCCGGAACCCCGGCGGUCGAAAACGUCGACAUUGGAAGAAAAAGAAGAAGGGCUACCCACAGUAGGAUCGCUACCGACGUCCUGCGUCACGCCGGCCGUCUCACCCGCAGCGUUGUUCAUGGCGUUGCGGAAGAUACAGGUCGAGCUCGCCUCCUCCGAGAAGUUGCACGUGCGGCACGUGAACAUGAGCUUGUGGUCAACCUCGUCCUCCUUGGGGUACAGCAUGUUGCUGCACUCGGAGCAGAACCGGAAGGUGAUCUGCUCGGCCGGCUUCUUACGGUCGUCGGAGACGGAGGCUGCGGGCGAUGACAUCGUUGGAAGGGUGGAUGGCUGGUAG